AUGUCUUCCUCUCAUUUUCUUUUGUUGCUCUUAGGAGUGGCACUUUUUGCCACUCAAUCAACUCUCGCUGAUUACUCUAAGCCUCCAGUGGUCGAGAAGCCUAAGCCACCACCAACCCCAGUUUACGUGAAACCACCUCCAGUUGAUAAGCCUAAGCCACCACCGACUCCAGUUUACACAAAGCCACCUCCAGUGGUGAAGCCUAAACCACCACCAACCCCAGUUUAUGUGAAACCACCUCCAGUUGACAAGCCUAAGCCACCACCAACUCCAGUUUACACAAAACCACCUCCAGUGGUCAAGCCUAAGCCACCACCGACCCCAGUUUACGUGAAACCACCACCAGUGGACAAGCCUAAGCCAACACCGACUCCAGUUUACGGGAAGCCUAAGACACCACCGAGUUAUGGAAAGCCCCCUAGCCAUAAUUGA